UCAGAGUUGAGUUUAGCAGCUUGGCGUGCUGCAGCCCUGCUAGUCUAGCACUAUAAGUUACUUUAGCCGUGGAUCUCGCAGCAGAGGCAUACUGCAAUCCUCACACAGGACGAUGGAGCUCUCAUAUCAAGCGAUCAAAACAGCAAAUCAAGCUAGAGAGGCGGAUGAGCUGAGAACAGAGACCAGGCGAAGAAAUAUACUCAUAUUGAUCUAUCACCAUCUCACACAGCAGGGGUACAUGGAUGCUGCCCGUACUCUGGAUCAGGAGACUAGCGUGGGCCUGCGGAGGUUUGAGGUGUGUGACAAUGUGGACCUGGAGACGGUUCUGAUGGAGUAUGAGAGCUACUACUACAUCAAGUUCCAGAAGCACCCUAAGCUCACCAAGAAAGUCCUUGAGCCAGUUGAAAGCCGGCAGCCCAGAAGCUGUGGUAAAAAGAGAACCCCCUGUACUGUGGUUCCACCUCUCCCCAGGAUAGGCUCCUCCCGAAGACCUCAGUCUGGGGUUAAGAAAGAGUCGAAGAUGGUUGCCAAGGAGACCAGUAAACCAUCUAGCGGGAACGGUCACUACUCUCCUCCAGAGUCUUGCGACUUCGGCCUCAACGUCUCCUCCAUCCCCCGCAAUGGAGCAGGGGAGGGGCCUCUGCCACGGAAGGCUCAGCUGAUUGACUACAGAGGUCUGAUCCAGGACGCCCUUAAAGGAGCAGCGGCCGACAUGGCUCCCCUGUCCUGCCCCCCAGACCCCAUGGAGCGUCUGCUGAAGCCCAUCAGUGCGCUCAGUGGGAUGAACAGUGAGAUGAAGGAGCUGGCUGCCAUCAUCAGUAGGGACAUCUAUUUAAACAACCCCAACGUGCACUGGGAUGACAUCAUCGGCUUGCAGGCCGCCAAGCGAUUAGUCAAAGAGGCUGUCGUCUACCCUAUUAAGUAUCCUCAGUUGUUUACGGGGAUCCUGUCUCCAUGGAAAGGUCUGCUGCUUUUCGGUCCACCAGGUACAGGGAAAACUCUGCUGGCCAAGGCUGUAGCUACCGAGUGUAACACCACCUUCUUCAACAUCUCCGCCUCCAGCAUCGUCAGCAAGUGGAGAGGAGACUCCGAGAAGCUGGUCAGGGUGCUGUUUGAGCUGGCUCGGUACCACGCCCCCUCCACCAUCUUCCUUGAUGAGCUGGAGUCAGUUAUGGGCCAGAGGACUGGACAGGGAGGAGAGCAUGAGGGCAGUAGGAGGAUGAAAACAGAGCUGCUGGUCCAGAUGGAUGGUCUGGCUCGUUCUGAUGACCUGGUGUUUGUUCUGGCCGCAUCCAACCUGCCCUGGGAGCUAGAUCAUGCCAUGCUGCGACGGUUAGAGAAGAGGAUUCUGGUUGGUCUUCCCUCCUGUCCAGCCCGUCAGGCCAUGAUCUCUCAUUGGUUGCCGCCAGUCAGCUGCACAGGAGGGGUGGAGCUACGCACGGAUCUGACCUAUGAGAUGCUGGCACAGGAGACAGAGGGCUACUCAGGUUCAGACAUUCGGCUGGUGUGUAAAGAGGCUGCUAUGAGGCCGGUACGCAAGAUCUUUGAUGCUCUGGAGUCCCACCAGGAGGGGAAGUCAGACAUGCCUGUGAUCGAGUUGGAAACCGUGACAACGGAAGACUUCCUGGAGGUUAUCACUCACUCUAAGCCCUCAGCCCGCAGCCUGACUGACAGGUACAGCGCCUGGGAGACGGAGUACGAGUCUGUCUGAAAACACACGCGUACAGAACACACACGUGUACAGAACACACACGUGUACAGGACACACAUGCAUCCCAACCUGGUUCCUCUGGGAGUUCUCCCUUGUAUAUACUCAUAAUCUGUGUAUAUAUAUUUAUAAUUAUAUUGAAGGUGUUCGCAGUUCCAUUGCUCUGCUCAACCAAACACAAUGAGCAACACUCAGUUUUGUCGUUUUAUUAAAACACAAAAAU